AAACUUUUUACUUGAAACUAUCAGCCAUAAGCUAAUGUCAUUGUCAAUCAGUUUUUGUUAGUGUCUUUGUCAAUGUAUGUAAUGUAACCAAAAUAUAUAACUGUUAAUUUUAGCUUAUUAAAACCUUAUAUUCAUUAAAGGUUUUGUCUUAUUUCAAUUUAAUAAGCUAAAAAAAAAAAAAACAUGGACAAAUAUCUUCGCCCUGAAAGGUUUGAUAUCGACCCGUCGGAUAGCUCUGGUACGAGAGCUUGGAUACACUGGCGUAAGACUUUCGAAAACUUCAUUUCCGUGCAGAAACCGACCGCUCCAGAAACAGAUGCACAGUCGGUUCCUCCGCCAGAAAAAUGGGACUGCAUAAAGUUUCAGCUUUUAGUAAAUCAUAUAUCACCAAAUAUCUAUACAUAUAUAAGCGAAGCUACGAACUACGAAGAAGCGAUCACUAUUCUGCAAAAACUGUAUGUAAAACCAAAAAAUCUGAUUUUUGCUAGACACAUGUUAGCAACUAGGAAACAACGACCAGAAGAAAGUAUUGAUACAUAUUUACAAGCUUUGAAACUACUUUCAAAAGAUUGUGACUUUGCGACUGUUGAUGCAGAAACAAACAAAAACGAUAGCGUGCGUGAUGCUUUCAUAUCCGGCAUAUCAUCGCAUAAAAUCAGACAAAGGCUUUUAGAAAACUUAACUCUAACACUUGAUCAAGCUUACAACCAAGCACUCUCUCUCGAAACUGCAGAGAUCAACUCCCAAAGCUUCAAUACUCUGUCUUUAAAUGUUGUUUCCCCAAAAGAACCAACAUUAGUCUGUCCAAAACCACAAACUAAGCACGACGAGACCUGCUCUUCUGUUAAUAAUCCUCGACGUCGAAAAUGUUUCUUUUGUGGGGGACAAAUACAUCCUCGUAAGAACUGCCCUGCAUUUGAAAAGACUUGUCAGCUCUGCAACAAGAAGGGGCACAUUGCCACUGUUUGCAGAAGCUCUUCUAAACCUAUAAAUUCUAUGGUAGAAAGGACUGAAGAUCUUUCCGCUUGUAUCACUGCAGCAUCACCUUCUUCAUUACGUAAAGCUACUGUACCCACUUAUAUUCGAGGAAUAAGAGCAGAAGCACUUCUCGAUACCGGUAGCUCCAUCAGUUUUAUAAAUGACAGUUUUGCAAGACUAUGCGGGUUCAAAAGAAAAUCCUGCAAUCAGACUAUUUCUAUGGCCUCUCUUAAUCAUACUUCACAAGUAGAAGGUCAAACUUUGCAAACUCUGAAAAUCGGAAAUCAUACAUAUGAUAACGUGAAUCUUCUUAUCGUGAAAAAUCUUUGUGCUGACAUAAUUAUCGGCCAUGACGUCCUCGAAGAACAUUCAUCGCUAGAGUUCUCUUUCGGUGGGCCAAAACAUCCACUUCAAGUAUGUAACGUGGCUGAAGCAUCAGUACCAGCUGUACCGCUUUUUGCGAAUGUAUCUCCCAACUGUAAACCUAUUGCUAUUAAAUCUCGAAGGCACAGUAAAGAGUACAGGAAUUUUUACAUGUUCGAGGUAUUGCCACUAGUAGAACUACAGCUUAUAACCCUCAAGGUAACGGUCAAGUAGAAAAAUUGAAUUCUACACUUUGGAGAACGAUUCUUUUGGCGCUGAAGACGAAGAAUCUUUCGGUAGAAAAUUGGGAGCAAGUAUUACCACAAGCCUUACAUUCAAUUCGAUCAUUACUUUGUACAGCCAUAAAUUGCACUCCACAUGAAAGAAUGUUUAGACACCCACGAAGAUCUACUAACGGCACUUCUGUUCCAUCGUGGCUUACAAAUUCUGGACAAGUCUUGAUGAAGAAAUUUAAUCGUACAAAUAAAUAUCAGCCAUUAGUAGAAGAGGUUGAAUUGAUACACAGUAAUCCUGAUUUUUCAUACAUUCGGUUCCCAGAUGGCCGAGAAACAACGGUGUCGAAUCGUCAUCUAGCACCAUUGGGUUCAGAAGGGGUAGAUCUGCGAAUAGAUAAUGAACACACUACUGAUUAUCAUAAUGUCGCAGAACCACUUCCGGAAACAGAGGACCAAAACUUGGAGAUUCCUUCAUCUAAUGAAACGGGACCUGUGGAACUUGAUAAUAGCAGAGAGCUAGAGACCGAGUUACCAUCAUCACCACCGUCGGAGCCAACACUUCGUAGAUCUGACCGCGUCCGUAAAACACCAGAAUUUUUAAAAGAUUAUGUUUUAAAAUAGUGCGGGAGAAUGAUGUAAACUUUUUACUUGAAACUAUCAGCCAUAAGCUAAUGUCAUUGUCAAUCAGUUUUUGUUAGUGUCUUUGUCAAUGUAUGUAAUGUAACCAAAAUAUAUAACUGUUAAUUUUAGCUUAUUAAAACCUUAUAUUCAUUAAAGGUUUUG